GCAAUGAAAAUGAAAACUGUUUAUUUUGUUGCUGGGCUGCUUUUAAUGAUAGUUCAAGGCAGCUGGCAAAAUCCUCUUCAAGAUACAGAGGAGAAAUCAAGAUCAUACAAAGCUUCCCAGUCUGAACCUUUAGAUGAAUCUAGAAAACUGAAUGAAGUGAAACGUCAUUCACAAGGCACAUUCACCAGUGAUUACAGCAAGUACUUGGACACUAGACGAGCUCAAGAUUUCGUGCAAUGGUUAAUGAGCACUAAAAGAAAUGGACAACAAGGACAGGAGGACAAAGAGAAUGACGAAUUCCCAGACCAGCUCUCAAGCAAUGGGAUCUCCAAGCGUCAUGCUGAAUUUGAGAGACAUGCUGAGGGCACUUACACCAGUGAUAUCACCUCUUAUUUGGAAGGUCAAGCUGCCAAAGAGUUCAUUGCUUGGUUAGUGAAUGGACGAGGAAGAAGAGAUUUCCCAGAAAAAGCUCUUGUGGCCGAAGAAAUGGGCCGAAGACAUGCAGACGGCACUUUCACGAGUGAUAUCAACAAAAUUCUUGAUGACAUGGCUGCCAAAGAGUUCUUAAAAUGGCUGAUUAACACAAAAGUUACCCAAAGGGACCUUUUGGGAGAAUACCAGUAAAAAAAAUAAAAUAAAAAUGGGAUAGAUGAAGAUCCU